AAAAUAUAUAGGAGAGGAGACCAUGGCUCUUCUUCUUCUUCCUAUGAUUCAGUGCCCGUGCAGCAAGACCAAAGGGAUUCAUCAACAAAAAGAUGAGUUCCUGCUUCACCAUCUCCCUCUCUCUCCUCUUCUUCUUCAUAAAUUUUCUUGGUACUGAAUCAGCACCCACGUUUCUGCGGCAUUACUGCCCCAACACCACCCUCUUCACUCCCAACUCCACCUACCAAUCCAACCUCAACGCCCUCCUCUCUUCCCUCUCCUCUGCCGCCACCGACAACGCUGACGGCUUCGCCAAUGCCAUUGCCGGCCAAAACCCUCCCGACCAGGUCUACGGGAUCUUCCUCUGCCGUGGCGAUGUCGACGCAGCCACGUGCAGCAACUGUGUGGCCACUGGAAAACAGGAUAUCCUCCAGAGAUGCCCCAACCGGCGAGUCUCCGUGAUCUGGUAUGACGAGUGUAUGUUGAGGUACUCCGAUGAGUCCGUCUACUCGGUCAUGGAACAAGUGCCUUCUCUCACGAUGUACCACACUGGGAACAUCACCUAUCCAACCCGGUUCAUGCAAGUCCUGGGAGAGACCAUGGAAACCAUCACCGCGAGGGCUUCGGUCCAAAAGUCGGGGAAGAAAGUCGCGGUUGCAGAGGCAAACUUUACGAGCUUGCAGAAGCUGUACACGCUCGCACAGUGCACGCCGGACUUGGUGGUGUCGGAGUGCAACACGUGCCUCCGGGCGGCAAUCGCGGGCCUCCCUCAGGGGAAGCAAGGUGGGAGGUUGUUCACUCCGAGCUGCAGCAUGAGGUUCGAGCUGUACCAAUUUUAUAAUGCCUCCGCCAUGGCGGCCCUGUUGCCUCCGCCGAACUACCUUCCAUCUCCUCCUGCUCCCGUGACCAGACGUAAAGCACUUCAAAGCGGCACAAUUUACAGCAUAACUGCAUCAAGUCCACUGGUUCAGAACCAAACCCUUGUCUCUAGUAGUCAAAUCUUUGAGCUCGGGUUCUUCACGCCUAAUGGAUCAGCAAAUCAGUACGUAGGAAUAUGGUACAAGAGCAUGGCACCCUCUAAAGUUGUCUGGGUAGCCAACAGGGACAAGCCAAUUGGACACACAGAUCAAUCUGGGAGUUUAAUAAUUGGCGAAGAUGGAAAUCUGAAGCUUCUUGAUGGGCAACAAAACACUGUGUGGUCUACUAAUGUCAUGGCAAAGUCGAAUUAUUCUGUAGCAGUGCUUUCAGACUUUGGAAACCUUGUUCUUCAAGACAGGAAUGCGAUUAUAAUGUGGGAAAGCUUUGAUGAGCCAACCGACACUCUCCUGCCAUACAUGAAGAUCGGAGUAAACGUGAAAACAGGAAAGAAACGAAACUUGAUUUCCUGGAAAGGCGAAGAUGAUCCCUCGUUUGGACGCUUUGUUGUAGGAUUGACACCGGAGACACCACCUCAGCUUUUCACUUGGAAUGGAUCAAGUCCUUACUGGAGAGGCGGACAGUGGGAUAAAACCAAGUUCAUCGGAAUACCGACCAUGGGAGGGGGCGGCUAUCAUCUCCAGCAAGAUAAUGACCAGGGAACAUCAUAUUAUUCCCUCGAUAAUUUAAACAACUCCAUCUUUGGAUAUAAUUUCAUCUCAUUUGAUGGAUCUUUAAAGGCGGUUCAUUGGGCCAAUGGAUGGUCACCAUACUGGGAGGCACCGGCACCAAUUAACCCUUGUGAAAUUUAUGGAAUAUGUGGGCCCUUUGGAGUUUGCAACCCGUUUAGUUCACCUAUUUGCAGAUGUUUAAAAGGUUUUAUACCAACAUCAGAUGAAGAAUGGAACAGAGGAAACUGGACCAGAGGGUGUCUUAGGGAAAUGGAAUUUAAUUGUCAAGAAUCCGCAAGUAGAGCUACUUCAAUGACUGUCGAAAAAGAUAUGUUCAGGAAAAUGGAACAAAUGAAAUUGCCUGAUUCUGCUGAUUUUUUAUUGAUAGAUGAUAUAGAAGGAUGCCAAAGUAGGUGCCUAGAAAAUUGCUCGUGCUUGGCCUUUUCUUAUGUGAAUACAAUAGGAUGUAUGGCUUGGAGUAAAGCCCUCCUAGAUACUCAGCAAUUCUCCAUGAAUGGCGAAGAUCUAUUUAUUCGAUUUGCGGGUGCGGCUGCGGGUGCGGGUGCCGGUGCAGGUUCAGGUGUACCUACGCGGACAAAACUUAUCAUCAGCCUAAGUGUUAUUUCUGGCAUCAUCUUAUUUGGAGCUGGUAUUUCAGUCUCUGUUCUUUCGAAGUGGAGAGGUAAUAAAAGAGGGAAGUUUAGGAAAAUGACAAUCCCAAGGCUCUUUAGGUCAGUGGCAGCAGACAUCAGAUCAAAAGAACAGCUAAGGGAAACUGCAUGGAAAGAGCAAAUGAAGGAAGAUGAUGCAUCGAAAUUGGUGGUUUAUGAUUUUGAUAGCAUACGCCUCGCGACAGACAACUUCGAUGCAAAAAACAAACUCGGACAGGGAGGGUUUGGCCCGGUUUAUAAGGGAAAAUUGAACGAUGGUAAGGAGAUAGCAGCGAAGAGACUUUUGAGCAGCUCAGGCCAAGGCAUAGCGGAGUUCAAGAAUGAGAUCCUUCUAAUAUCCAAACUUCAACACCGAAAUCUGGUGAGACUCUUCGGUUGCUGCACCGAAGGAGAAGAAAUGAUUCUUGUGUAUGAGUACUUGCCGAACAAGAGCUUGGACGCCUUCCUUUUUGGUUUGUCUCACUCUUCGAAGAACUUAUUUCUGCUUUCAACAAAAUUCGGUACUAAAACAAGAUAUUUCUUCUGUUUGCAACAUUUUUUAGAUUCAAAAGAGAAGGGAAAGCUUAGCUGGAGCGUACGCUUCCGCGUUAUCCAGGGGGUCGCAAGAGGGUUGCUCUACCUCCACUGCGAUUCUUGCCUCAGGGUCAUACAUCGAGAUUUGAAAGUGAGCAACAUUCUCUUGGAUGAAAAGAUGAAUCCCAAGAUUUCUGAUUUUGGGCUGGCGCGUUUGUUUGAAGACACUCAAGUUUUGGUAAAUACUCACAAAAUUGUGGGGACACUCGGUUAUAUGUCUCCCGAGUAUGCCAUGGGUGGGACAUUUUCUGAGAAAUCCGAUGUUUAUAGCUUUGGAGUACUGCUAUUGGAGAUUAUCAGCAGCAAGAAGAGCACAAGUUUAGAUUACCCCGGGCAGCAUCUUAAUCUCGUCGCUUACGCUUGGCACUUAUGGUGUGAAGGCAGAGGAUUGGACUUGAUGGAUGAAGCCAUUGCUGACGCAUUUUCGAUGUCAGAAGUAAUGAGAUGCAUUCAGGUAGGGCUUCUUUGUACGCAGGACCGCGCCACAGAUAGACCAGACAUGUUGGCCGUGGUUCUGAUGCUGAAUGGGGAGUCCAAUCUGCCACAGCCGAAGCAACCCGCAUUUACAAUUGAAAGCUCGCCCACUCAAGAAGUCCAAUCGCAAGAAAGAAGCAUCCAGUCCAAGAAUACCAUCACCAUUACUACGGUCGAAGGAAGAUAAAAUUCUCAAAUGCAUUUUCACUAUCAAUUCAUCUUUCCAAGGAUUCAAUGUUCAUCAAAUUAAAUGGCUCGAAUAUGCAAUUUCUUAUUGCACUUUUAUGUGGAUAUAUGAUGUAAACAUAGAGACUAUGGGAAUCUGAGCUGCUAGCUCUAUGGUAGGAUAGUUUUAGGCGUGCGCGGUUGCGCAAAAGUUUUAUUUUUUGGUCAGAGGGUCACACAAAAGUUUAGAACGUCUGUUUGCAUGGGGAUUUCUACCCUUUCUGCAUAUAAAAGUGUUUUCCCUCUCAA